AUGAAUCGCACAUUCUCUAUGCGAAGGAAGCUAAGAAAAUCAGAAAUAUCGACACCAACGAAUUUCGAACACCGUAUUCAUGCUGGAUAUGAUGCCAGGACUGGGAUGUAUACAGGAUUACCGAAGCAAUGGCAAGCGCUUCUUGGACCUCCUCGAACGCUUAACGGGCGACCGAAACCAAUCGUAGAUCCAUCUUGUAUCACUCCUGUGGAUAUUGCUGAGCUAAAGACUGUCAUACGAGGGCCUGGAUCAAGAAUGAACACUCCCAUACCGCAACAUGUAACGGUGGCCCGCAGUAAUAGUCUACGUGUGUCUCCGAAGAAAUCAAGCCUCAAAACGAGCAACGUACCACCUUCGAAUGUUAAUCCAGGCACAUCUGCAGCAUCGAUGCGACCACCAUCCGUGCAACCAUCGCUGAAAGCACGUGGCUAUCCUUUCAGUGAUCCCAACUACGCUCCGCUCCCACUAAGGCCUCCUACAGUUACAACAUUCGGAACCGAUAAAAACAGCGUAGCAUAUAGUCAGCAAAGUACGGCUCGAAUAAUGUCUCCAGUACUUACCGAGAAUAUUACACCAUCGCAAUAUGACAGAACGAGAGAAGUAGGCUCAUGGCAGCAGAAUGGUGGUGCUUACAAUGCACAUUCAGGAGUGGCUGUUGUUACAGCUGUAAUAGCCAGAGAAACACGUAAUAUUACAGAUAUCACCAACCUGCAUUUCCAGUUCCGAGCUGCAUUAUCAAGUGUCGUCGACCGAAGUGAUCCUCGUGCAGAUCUUGCCGAUUUUAAAGUGGUUGGCGAGGGGUCUACGGGUACUGUACUGGCGGCUUACAAGGUGUCAUCUAAACAAAUAGUUGCCGUAAAACGGAUGAAUCUAAGAAAACAACAAAGACGAGAGCUACUUUUCAAUGAGGUUUCAAUUAUGCGAGAUUAUCAACACGCGAACAUUGUUCGAAUGUUUUCAUCACAUAUUGUUGGGGACGAAUUAUGGGUAGUUAUGGAAUAUAUGGAAGGAGGCUCGUUAACUGACAUCGUCACACAGACUAGGAUGACGGAACCCCAAAUUGCUACCGUUGCAUUGCAAGUUUUGAGAGCACUCGAGUUUCUUCACUCACGCCGCGUUAUUCAUAGAGACAUCAAAAGUGAUUCGAUUCUUCUCAAAGCCGAUGGAACUGUUAAGAUUUCGGAUUUUGGUUUCUGUGGUCAACUUUCUGAAGAGUUUCCGCGCCGCAGGUCCUUGGUAGGGACUCCAUAUUGGACAGCUGCCGAAGUGAUUGCUCGGCAACCAUAUGACACUGGUGCAGAUAUNGGUGAACCACCGCUCUUCAAUGAGCAGCCGUUUCAGGCGAUGAAAAUGAUCCGUGACGAACCUGCUCCAAAGUUCAAUCCGACUGCCAAUGUAUCUGCGGAGCUGGCUCAUAUGCUUAGUCGAUGCCUCGUAAAAGAUCCUUCUCAAAGAGCCACAGCAAGCGAAUUAUUACGACAUCCCUUGUUGACGAAAGCACAACAUCCAAGCUGUAUCGCUCAUUUAAUUCAUAAUAAUGUAAAUAGAAAUUGA